UGAGCCAGUGUCCCAGUGAGGUGGCGACGGGCUGGGGAAUAAAUGUGGAGAUGGGUGGACGGGUGGAAUGACCUAGACAAGCAAAGAGAAAGCAGUGGGUUAGAGGGCUGAAAGGAGCGCGGAUGGAGAAUGCUGGGAAACCCUCAGCCAACGCCGGGGCCUGUUUUCCUAAGCAAGAUCCCGAGCGUGGUGGCAGUCACAUGAUCUCAACAGAUGAUCUGGAAUAUCCACGAGAGUAUCGGACGCUGGGGAACAGCGCUCGGCGUUUCUCCAAUGUGGGCCUGGUGCACACAUCGGAGCACCGCCACACGGUCAGUGCGGCGCAGAGCCUUGAGGCUCUGACCAACCUGCACAAGGCUGACAUGGAGCGCAAGAGGGAUGCGUUCAUGGAUCACCUGAAGAGCAAGUACCAACAGCAACAGCAGCAGCUGCAGCAUCCACACCACAGCCCACAUCACAACCCGCCAUCACCCUCGCCCUCCCACGCCAGCAUGAGGGGCACAUCAGAGAGGUCGGCACGAGAGCAGCAACAGCCCAACUACUGGAGCUUUAAGAGCCGCAGUCCACGGCAUUCCCAGUCUACCCAGUCUGGGCUUGCCGACCAGGCCGCCAAGCUCUCCUUUGCCUCCGCCGAAUCCCUGGAGACCAUGUCAGAGGCAGACAUCCCCAUCGGGUUCAACCGGAUGAACCGAUUUCGCCAGAGCCUGCCGCUAUCCCGCUCUGCCAGCCAGAAUAAGCUACGAUCUCCAGAUGAAUACUCAGGAGUGCUGUUCCUGCAGUAUGGGGAUGAGACACGUCGGGUGCACAUCACCCAUGAGCUGAGCAGCUUAGACACACUGCAUGCUCUCAUCGUGCACAUGUUCCCUCAGAAGUUAACAGCAGGUAUGCUAAAGUCACCCAACACGGCCAUCUUGAUCAAGGAUGAGGCUCGCAAUGUUUUCUACGAGCUGGAAGAUGUCCGGGACAUCCAGGACCGCAGUAUCAUCAAGAUUUACCGCAAAGAGCCCAUCUAUGCUUCGUACCCCGCUGCUGCACACCUGGCUAAUGGAGAUCUAAGGAGGGAGAUGGUAUACUCCUCCCGCGACUCAUCUCCGACUCGCCGUCUCAACACCCUCCCCUCCUCGACAGCCUCUGCUUCCUCUGGCUCUCCGUCUCGCUCUCGUCUCUCGUACAGCGGAGGUCGCCCUCCAUCCUUCACCGGCUCCCACCCCCAGCACGAACAGCAGCGGCAUCCCCAUCAUCCUUCAGCCGGCCAUGGUGCCAACGCAGGCCUGUCCCCGUCACCAAGCGCCAUCCUGGAGCGCCGUGAUGUCAAGCCUGACGAAGAAGUUUCUGCAAAAAACAUGGCACUGAUGAAGAAUGAAAGCCUGUAUGCAGAUCCUUACAGCUUGAUGCACGAGGGCCGUCUCAGCAUCGCCUCUACUCAGUCUUUAGCUGCCAUCGGAGACCCCUUUAGCUUUCCCGUGUCCAGUGGCCUGUACCGCCGUGGCUCUGUGCGAUCCCUUAGCACUUACUCAGCCGCUGCUCUUCAAGGGGAUCUAGACGAUUCCCUGUACAAGCCUGGAGGUUCACUCUACUCUGAUACAUACUCCUCAGCCACUCUAGGCAUGGGUUUUCGCAUGCCACCCUCAUCCCCUCAGAAAAUCCCUGACAUGCAACUGAGGGAUAGGGACUCCUAUUCCAGCUCACCCAGGGCCUCACCUGUCAGGCAGAGCUUCCGCAAAGACUCGGCCUCCUCCUCUGUGUUUGUGGAUAGUCCCAAAUCGAGACCAAGCUCCAGUUCAGAGCCUCUGUGUUUGACAGCUGGGCCGGGGGAGGGCGGCAGGGCCACACCUGGGUUCGGUUCUUCACUGACUGGACAAGAUUCUGACACUAGCAGGGAUCAUCGUCUUGAACGUAUGGAGGCGAUGGAGAAGCAGAUCGCCAGCCUGACCGGCCUGGUGCAAAGUGUUCUGACCAGAGCGCCAGACAGUGACAGCACGUGCGGCCUGCUGCGUCUCUGCAUGAUGGCGGGCUGCCCUCCGGACCAAGGGACGGAGUUCUCACGGCCAUUACCUUUCUCUUCCAGCGAGAAGACCGAAACCAACAGCGACGGCUCCGCCACCGGAACUGGACGGCGGAAGCAGAAAGCUCACACACCGUCGGCACCUCUAGCUCUGAUGCCUCCGCCUCCGUCUAACUUAACCCACGUGAACAGUGUCAGCCGCUUGCAGAUGCAACUACACCUGCAUGGAUUGCAGCAAAAUGCCACAGACCUACGCAAACAGCUCACCCAGCUGCGCAAAGUACAGAUGGAGAACCAGGAUUCGGUACGGACUCUGCUGAAACGGACUGAAGCGGAGCUGAACGUGCGCGUGGCUGAUGCCCUGAGGAAGCAGGAGGAUCCCCUGCAGAGACAGCGCCUCCUGGUGGAGGAGGAGAGGCUGAAGUAUCUCAAUGAGGAGGAGCUCAUCAUCCAGCAGCUCCAUGAUCUGGAGAAGUCAGUGGAGGAAAUCCAGAAGGAGUCGUCUGUCAACCACAAGCUGGUGACAGUGCAGGAGCUGGAGGAGAAGGCCACGGUUCUGAGAAAGCUGGGAGAAACACUCACAGAACUGAAAAAUCAGUUCCCAGGCCUCCAGAGUAAGAUGCGAGUCGUCCUCAGGGUGGAAGUAGAGGCUGUCAAAUUCCUAAAGGAAGAGCCACAUAGACUGGAUGCCCUGUUAAAACGCUGCAAGACGAUUACUGACACCCUCACCACCAUGCGAAAACAAGCAAAUGAGGGCGUAUGGAAAAAACAAGAAGACUUCUCUAAUCCCACAUCCAAGCACAACGAGGAUUUGCGAAAGUUUGCAGACUUUGACAUACCCACUAGCCCUCCACUUACUAUCAAUGACCUCAGCGGAGGUAAUAGUCUGUCCAAUUGGAGCCCCCACUCCAGCCUAAGCCGUGGCCAUGGGAACCUGUCAGGCCCUCACAAGGACAAUCAUCCUCCUGUUCCCCACAAGGGCAAAGCCCUGGAGGAGCUGGAACGCCGUUCUGCUGCUGACAAAGCUUUGUCAGUAGAGGUCCGACUGGCAGCAGAACGGGACUGGGAGGAGAAGAGGGCCAGUCUGACCCAGUACAGUGCCCAGGACAUCAACCGGCUGCUGGAGGAGACCCAGGCUGAGCUCAUGAAGGCUAUUCCAGACCUAGACUUUGCUGCCAAACAGAUUAAGUCCUCUAACACACCAUCCUCCCAGACCCCUAUAAGUGGAGCUGGAACCCCAGAGCACCGCACCAACAAACCCCAGCACAAGCUUACUGGGAAAGAAGGAGGAUCCAGGCGUGGCUCAGAUGAGCUGUUAGUUCCUCGGUAUCGCACAGAGAAACCCUCCAAGUCUCCUCCUCCUCCACCUCCCAGACGUAGCUUCCCAUCUUCUCCAGGUCUGACCACUCGCAGCGGAGAGCCCCUCAUUCCUGGAAAAAGCAUAAAGAAAACCGAGUCUGAGGAGACUGAAGGACAAAAACCUCAUGUAAAACUGAGGAGGACAGUUUCAGAAAACCCUCGUCCGGCAUCCACACCACCCACACUGGCCUCUGGGGACAAAGAAGAGCGCGAGGAGGAUAAAAUUGCAGCUGAAUUAGAGGGAAGGCGCUUGUCUCCUGUCCCCCAGAUUGUGUUGACAGAGUGUUUGCGAGAUUCUCCCACUCCCUUAGAGGACCCCGUCAGCGAUUUAGCAAAUAACUCUUUCGUGGAGAGUCGAUCACAAGAUUGGACAGGUCAUCACAUAUCCUCCCACGCUCAAAAUUCAGCAGACUCUUGUAGAAGCCCUACUCAGCGAGAGUUGGGGUUUCAGAGGUGUUUUGAGGAGGAUAUGGAAAUAAAAGAGGAGCUGGUCCUGCUGCUGACAGAGCUGGAGGUGAAAGUAUUGUCUUCCCUUGAGGUGCAGGAGCUGAGCAGGACUUCGGGAGAUGUCUUGCGUACUCUGUCCAUUUCUUCACAAACUAAAGAACUGUCGAGUCAGGAGCUGAAUGACCGGCCGCUACUAAUGUUUUUCAAGGAAGCGAAAACAGCCAAAGAGGCCUACAUACAUCUCCAGUCGCUUUUGGAGUCAUCAAAACCAGUACCCAAACCAAGAAUAAAAUCAUCCCUGCACCCCGGCCAGCAGAGCUCUUUAAUGGAGGCUUUGAGGAGGGGGAUGGAGACGGGGGAUACGAUACUCAAACUUCAGCACAUUACGGAAGUUAAAAUCGUUCCUGAGACUCAGCGGAAUCCAGCCAACACUACUCCUCUGUCUAAUGGGUCAGCCAGUUCUGUAGCUAAACAGAAUCAGAGGAAAACAACAGAAGAUGUCCGACGCAGCACUUACAGAAGACUGGACAGUUUGGAGGAGACUAUCCGUGAGCUGGAGAACACCUUGAUAGAAAUCAGCGGCCAUUCCACACCAGAGCAGCUCUACUCCCACACACCCACUCAAAGCAGUCCUGUACAGAUGCCGACCACAGAGACCAAGAAGCCUCCAGUCCCACCCAAGCCCUCGUCUUUGAACCCCGCAUCGAUCCAGGGAGGGAACAGCUCUGGUGUUGGUAAAGUUAUCCAGUCAUCAGCUACAUCCAAGCUGAAGCACCUGCAGCAGAACAGCACAGACAAGACUAAAGGUGGCAAAAGAGACGACAUUCUGAAGAUCCAGGGCCAGCAGCAGACAUGCCCACCUUGGGUGACCUCUCUGCUUGACCAACAGCGAAAGGCCUUGGGGACCAACAGCACCGGUGGCAGUAUUGAGCCAUACAUCACUGGAAUCAAAACGGGCAUUUUCUCAGGCCGACUGCCUUCUUCCACAGCAGCGUUUGCCCCCGGCCUGAGGAAGUACCCCCACGAUGGGGCAGUGCCGUCCCUGACAGCGUCCCCCAGCCAAGCCAAGGCCCUGCUUGCAAGCUUGUCCGCCUCGGGCUUGACCGCGGAAGCACUGCUCCUCUCCUCCACCCUACGUCACCACCGGCUUCUCCGCGAGCAGCGAGCGGCCUCUUUGUCCCUGCCGAGCAGCCAGUCGUCCUCCCCUACCCCCACCACUACUUCCUCCUCCUCUUCCUCUUCACCUACCUCCACCACCCCAACCCCAACCCCUUCUCUGUCUCCCUCUUCCCCCACCCCUUUGACUUCCCCUACCCUUUCCACUGUGGCUCACAAGUAAAAAAAAAAAAAACAACCUAAACAGCUGCAAAGAAAGUGGCAGGGAGCCUGUGAAUAAGGACCUCACCCUUUUAGCAACGCUCAGUGAUGAAGAGGAGGAGAAUGAAGACAAGGAAGAAUGCAAACCAAGCACCAUCACUUAAAAAAAACAUUAAUUAAAAACAAGGACAGUUUGGAAAAUUCCACCGUUUUUUGUUUACAUCCGUAUCCCCCCACUUUUGAACGCAGUCCAGUAUGCACAGUCUUAUUAUUUUAACGUCAAAAACUGCCAUAUUGUAAAAGGAGUCACAAUCUUCUUCUUGGACGUAUUUCCUACUCUGAUCUGGUUCCACCUCUGCAGUUUCUUCCCACUCAGUCAUACUGCCAGUUUCCCAGAUCUAGAGUGCACAAUGAGAGCCCCCUCCCACCAGCUGCCUGUUAUAAGCUGAUGUGGUCUGGACAGAUUUACAGACAGAAAUCAGUCUGCGUACAUACCCUCACUCAAAGGGUUUAUAGUGGAGUAGUUAUAAUAUAUAGACUGUGACUUUAUCAUAGAAAAUAGAGCUGCAAUAAUUGCCAAGUGAGUCCAGUAGUUGUGUGUUUGUUCUGGAUAAUUUUGCUCCUAUAUUGCACCUGCAUCACCUGGCAGAAUGUGCGGAAAAAAAUUAAAAGUAGAUCAAGGUGAUGAUUGUGGUUUGAGGCUGAUUUAGGUUUUUAAAAAAGGGCAUUUGUGGCUUUUUUUUUUUUCUCUUUUUUCGUCACCCAUGUUUUAAACAAUGAACUGGUGCUAUAUUUUCCCCACUGUUUGUACUCACUGUGUACAGAGUUUACAUGAUUGUUUUCACUCCCUGAGCUUUGACCCACGCUUUGUUGCAACUGUACAUUCCAGUUUUCAUGCCACACUGGUAAAAUCUCGACAUCCUUCCCCAUAAGAUUAGAACUUUUCAUUAAAAAUUAGGAAUAAUAAUAGCACAUUUUUUAGGCAAAACAUUGACUGUCAGUGUGAAAAUUACGGGAUGUUCUCUAAAGCACAUUGAAUGGAGCAGUCACAGAACAGCACAUGUUUAUUUAACGUAGCACCAGGACGUACAGUUACACAAAAUGAAGGAGAACCAUGCAAAGGGUGACUUGUAUACAGUGUUGUAUUUCUGUAUAUGUGUAUUAACUAGUUCACUAUGACAAUCAAGAUGUUUCUGCAGUAGCAUCUCACGAGUUUCUCUUGCAUUUUAGCGCCUGACUUCAAAAACCGUUCCAAAGACUCAAGCACACACAGUGAUAACAAAACACAAAAACAUUUCCUCACAAAUGCACUUGUGACGCCAAGUUUUUGUAGAAGCACAGACUCUUCUUUUUUUUUCUUUCAGUAAUAGUGUGAUGAUGAUUCAUUGUAAGUCACACUGAGUGCACCACUGAUGGCAAGCACUAAAAUAUGCCAUAUACACCAUUGCACCCUUAAAAGUCUAGAUGUAGAGAUCAGAUAUUUUCUUUUCCGACUCUGGAUCUACUGACUUGCAACGCUUGUAAGAUAUAUCUUCACUACAGCCAAUUAAUCACACUUUUAACAUCUCUGAUGCUGCUUAAACCUUUUUUUUUUUUUAGUGAUGGCAAAUAUUAUCAGCACACAAUUGGAGUUCUCGCGUAAAGUUUGACCCCUACAAGACCUCUAGGGGGAAUAAAUAGAGAAAUAUUGAAGACACGAUUUCCUCUUAAACACAUGGCCCUGACCUUUUUAAAUGAGACUUUUUAGAUCAAGCGAGAAGCUCAAAGCUACAAAAUGUUUCCUAAAAGAUAUAGAGUCACCCGGGCACAUUUCCGAUCACGUAUAUUCGAGUAUCAAUAUCGUAACACUUAUGAUUGUCGAGCUUUUGCUAUGCCUUAACAACAGUCGUCAAAGUUAGCAUUAGUUAAAGCACAUCACAGGCCUGUCAUUGAUUUCCUGUGUCAAAACCCCGCACAAGGAACCAUUUUGAAGCUCCUUGUCUUUUAUUGCUACUCGAAGGCUGCCCAUUGAGUAGGUGACAACAUCGCAUGAUCAGUCAUAGACACAAGGAUUUCUGUUUUUCCUUUUUUUUUUUUUUUCCAGUCGUUCAACAGAAUGACUGUGAAAUCGAUUCUUUGUGACACUGAGAUUUAAAUGCCUGCAAAAGGGGCUUGUGUCAAAGAGUAGGCAGCUCGAGGAGAGGGGAUUAGUUUGGGGACAUGUGUUUGAAGGCUACUUUAAUAGGGCCGGCUUUGACUCGCCUUGUCUCCAUUUGAGAGUGCUUGUGAUAAAAAAAAAAAAAUGUAAUAAAAAGAAAAGACCCAAAGAGAUGAGAGGAGGGGUUUGACAGUCUGAGAGCUGUGAAGCGGCUGUUCUUUCCCUGCCCCUUUCACUUUGCUUUGUCUUUGUUGUUGGGACAAAGCAAAGUGCGAACUGCAAAACCGCUACUUCGAGGUUAUCUAAGUUAAAUGGGCCUCACUUAUUAAGAGUGUGUGCAAUAUGUAAUUAGCUCUCUUGUACUUCUACCAAGGUAGUGCUCUUUGCCUUUUAAAUAUCCCUGCCUGUUUGUCUGCAAGGACCUGAAACCAUGUUUUACCUGAUGCCUCUAAGACUUAUCUGUCACCAGAGCGGUUGAUCUUGAAGUAUUAGAUCAGCGGCUACGGCAGAACAACUGUUGUAUCCAAAGAAGAGGCUGCGGAAAUUUGUUCUUAUUUUACGCAAAAACAGGAAAACAGCACUUAAAAUGCAACUUGAUGAGUGUGUCAGGUUGCAGCGGUUGCAUUUGACUCGACACUCCCCCAGAUCUUACAAUGUACGUAACUGCAAGCUCACAGCACAGCGAAUUACGCCUCACUCUGGAUCCUGUGUAGCUCUGCCAAGGCAGGUUCAAGCCCUGGGUUUCAUAUUGAGUGAAGUCAAAUGAAAGAAAUUCACUUACUCAUGCUGUUCCACACUCAAAUCCAUAACUCUCUGAGUUAAAUUUGCUGCAUUUGCGUCUGGUGAGCACUGGGGAGGAAGUAUUCACGCUUGGCUGCUUUCCUCAAGUAUAAAGUCUGAGUUGAACCCCCUUGCUCCAGAAUUGCGUGACAAUGCUCUCUGGAAUGAUUUUCAAGACAAGUGUUAGUGGGCUGUGAUUUCAACAUGGCCUCAGGCUUCGUGGUCAUGUUGAAGAUACUCACAGUGGACGCCCCUGGCAAUCAGAAAAACUAGAAACUUGAAAUCAAACAUAGAAGAAAUAUACAUAUAUAAAUAUAUCUAAGUGAGAUGUUUGUGUAUGAUAUUAUAAUUGUGAAGAAAAGUGUGAUAUAUAUAUAAAUAUAGGACUAGAUUAAAUUAUAUACUGUAAAAUGUCAUCAUCUCUUCAGUUUUAUAUAUUAGUGACCAUUUUGUACAGAUUUUUCUUUUUUAAUUCAUUGAGAGAAAUAUUACAUUUCACACUGAGAUUAUUUAUUCAUACGCAGAACAUUUUUAUAUUUGUUUAAAGAUAUCUGUAUAAAUAACAGUUAGCCUCUGUAAUAUACACUGAAGUUCAUUUUUAAACUGUAGGAUUUUCUUUAUUAACACUGUUAGAUUUUAUUUAAUUCUGAUUAACAAAAAGCUUGUCCCUAAAUCGCUCGUCCAGAUCGUCUGCACUUUCGCCUUUUUUACACGAGAGGUCGAUGUGAGAUGUUUGAGGCUGGACCAGUGCCUGUGGUUAGGGGCUUAUUUUGCUACAGUCUUUUUGUUGUUGUUUUUUUUUUUUUUUUUUGGGGGGGGGGGGUUGUUUUCUGUACCUGUGAUUUGUUUUAAUUCACUCCAUCUUGUAUUAUUAUUGUCUUUGGAUUCAGUGAUGUUGGAGCUGGUUAGAAACACUGAUAUUGUGGUUACUACUGUGAAAUGUAACUUUAUGAGAACAAAGGCUUCGUGUAGAGCCUUAACGCUUCGACAGAAGUUACUUGGCUUUAAUUUUCCUCUCUGUGGUGUUUGCAUGUGAACAGGAAAGGUACGGAAGUGGAAAACAACCGCCAAAUACGGUUAUUAGUCAGUUUUGUUGCUUAUUCUGCUCCAGCUGAGUGGCUUUAAGUACAAAUAAACCACAACGUAAAACCACAAAGAUGGAUAAAUGAGGGAAUUCUGUGGAGUUGUAUGAAUUUCAAGUUUUAUCUCUUCCUUUGCCAUUGUAUCUUUUUUUUAUAAUGAGCCUACAUUCUAUAGUAUGUAUAUGAGAUUUUUACAUGAAUGUGUGGAUGUUCAAAAAUCUUGGCAUCGAAACUAGAAAAACAAAAUUGACCUGUAAAUAGGCCAAGUCAUUCCUAGCGAGUUCUACAAAUUGUUAUGUCCAAAAGAAGAUGUUUUGUUACUAAACUAUGACGAUGGGUACAAAGGUAUAUACAAAACAAUGCAUGUAUAGUAUCAAGCAAUCGCACGGUGCAGUUGAAAAAAAAUGUUGUCUACAUGUUUUCUCAAAAAAAUGAGAAAGAAAGAGAAAAGCCGUUUUAUGUUCGAGGUUUACAAACACAAAGGCGGAGACGUUAUUUUGGUAUCUGUGACAGGCAUGUUCAGUCUUACUGUGAUGUUAUGUGACGAUGAAGAUGAAGGUAGUGGACGAGAGUGUUGAUUGUCUAGAAGGAUUCAGAACGCUUGAACGCACCCAACCAGAAAAGUCACCAGUGACGGUGUACUCUUUCCACAGAGUGAUUCUCCCAUUUGUAGAGUAGUGUGAUAUAAGAACAAAAAUAAUACAGAAAAUAGAUCUAUAAUAUAAUAAUAUAUCAAUUUAAAAGCCUACUGAUACUGGAGAUACUAAUUUAUCAGUGUGGAUGCCAUGAUAUUCUGUGAGAUGUGUGUGUUUCCCUGUGAGAAGACAGUAGGCAGUUGAACCUGCCUUCUUUUGUACAUAAUUUGCUGUGAUUGUGUGUCUAAUAAAGUGCAGCUCUCUUGUACAGUU